CGUAAGUGUUGUCACGACCUACCGGCUAUAUUGCCGAAGCUGAUGGUCGAGCUUAGGCCGAGAAGGAGGAGGCUUGAAAAAGUAUACAAGAAUCGUACGAGAAGAGGAUGACGGUAUUGGAAGAACAGAUAGUUACCUUGAGAAGGCCGAAGGAUGAUGCAGUGAGCGAGGCUGACGCAUGGAAGUUAGAAGCACAGAGGCCCGACAACAAGAGGGGCAACAUCACUAUUGGAGUGACACCGACAACCCAGGCUAGGGUACGAUAAAAAAUCGCUCCUGUACCAACCUCCGCUCCAAGGAAGAAGAUGGCGGCUGAAGAUUAUCAUGCGUUCGCUCUGCAGCAUGAAGAGGAGGUUAACCUUUUGCAGGAUAUGCGUGCCAAAGAGGUGGAGCGAAGGAAGGAAGCGGAGCUGGAAGCCGAACAGUUGAAAGAAAAACUCGAUAGAUUGGAGAUUGAGAGGGCAGAGAAGAUGAAGACGACUGGUACUUGUUUACGAGCUCGCCUGGAAGUUGUCAUUGACGACACCCCUGGCCCUUCAUUCAGGGGCAAGAAGAAGGCUACGACGACGAAGAACGAUAAUGCGACAAAGAUUGAUAAACUGAAGAACGACAAGGAGGUUUUUGUUAAGUCCAACCAUCUCGAUUUGAGACCUUUGAAGAAAGAUGCAGUGCAAGCUAUCUGUGAGAAGGAGGGAGUCCAGUACACACCACUGGACAAGGCGAAGGAGGAUAUUGUGAAAGCGAGAUUAGCAAGGGCAUUUGGUACCAGUAUCGAAGAGAUAACCAGGCAGAAUGGGGUCGGGAUUGAAGAAAUUUCUGACGACAAUACCGCGGUAAGUACCGACUUAGGUAAGACCGCCGACGGUGAAGACGAGGUUUCUUAGUGUCUGUUCCGGACGCGGCUUGGCUUUGGAAUUUAGCACAACGAUGUAGUGUUGCUCGAAGUACAACUAGU